AUGUCCAAUUGCUCGCUGGAGGACGCUCAGAAGGUUGUGAGAUGGAUAAAUAGCAAUCUGGGGUUCUGGGAGCCUUCCCUGAAGCUCCGGGAGUCUCCUGUUGGCGGUGUUGGCGUGUUCACCACGGAGCCAUUGGAUGAUGCGACGACGGAGUCGAAAGUGCUGCUGAGACUACACAAGGGCUCGCUCUUGUCCUCGAAGAACAGUUGUGUGGCCAACCUACUGACCGACGAAGAGAUCGACGGUGUACUGGGCCUGAUAUUGUCGUUUAUCUACGAGAGGGACCAGGGCGAGAGCUCUCCCUGGUGUGACUAUAUAAGCACCAUUCAGUACAGAGACUCACAAGGCGAGCUGAUCUUACCACCGAGUCUAUGGAGCAAGAGGCAGAAGAGGGUGCUGGAGGGCACAGAGCUGGAAAUCAUGGGUGGACUGGACGACGAGGAGACGCAGAUGAGCUAUGAAAGGGCAUGUUCCUUUGCACUGAGCCAGCAUGAGCUUUCAAACCUCGCCAUUCCAUACGAGUUUGAUGUUGUGGAUAAAGACGAGGAUGAGCUGCUCUUGAGAUACAAAACCUUUGUUGCAGUUGCACACCAGAUUGCUGCUCGUGACUUUGAGAUUGAUGAGUUCCACGAGAUUGCACUGUGUCCAGGUGCAGACCUCUUUAACCACGGUGUUCGAAACACUGUUAGAUUUGAAAGCCUGUUCAACGUGUGUGGUCAAUGUGGUGAUUCUGCCUGUGACCAUAUGAUGGUUGAGGAGGAGGAGGAGGAGGUGGAUGAGCACUGUGGUGAGGUGGAUUCUGACUUGGAGCUCAGUGAGGAGGGUGAGCAGAGUGAAGAGGAUGAGCAUGAGGAGGAACAAGAAGAGGAACAAGAAGAAGAACCAGAGUUUGAAGGAACCAUCGAGGAGUUCAUCGAAGCAUGCUGUGAUAUUGUUCUUCAUCAUGCCUCACAGAAGGGAGAUGAGCUGUUCAACACCUAUGGCGACUUCAGCAACUCCCAACUGCUGGCAAAGUAUGGGUUUGUGAUUCCUGAUAACCCAAAUGACACUGUUGGGUUGGGAUUACAAUUCCUCAAGUUGAAGAAGAAGAAACAGUAUAACAGAGCAUUCGAGUGGUGGGACUCAGAAGGCUAUGACCUUCUGAGAGAGUACCUGCAUUCGAGCAAACACGGCCAUGAGCACGAUGAUUGUGAGAGUGACUGUGACGAUGGCUGUGGAGAUGGCUGUGAAGAUGGCUGCUGUGGUGAAGAAGACCACGACGAUGUUCCUUCAUGGACCAUGGAGAUGAGGCUACAGCACAGUGGUGAGCCUUCACAGCUGACAUACGCAUUGGUAAGACUGUUAUCGUUGAACUCUGCCGAACUACAGAAGUUUCUCGUGAAGAAGGCCAAGAUCAAUCCACAGGUGUUGACAAUGUCCAGUAAGAAGGCCUACAAGAUUCUAUUGGAAUUGGUUGAUGAGAGAAGACAGCUAUACAACGAUGACUACGCCAGGUAUAGAAAGUCCAAGAACUCGUACGAAAGAAUGGCUUCGCAGUUGGUAUCCGAUGAGCUGGCCAUCAUUGAAAGAGCAAACAAGUACAUCAAUAAGAGGGUCUAG